AUGAAAUGGCUCAUGGCUUCAGAGGAAGCGGGGGGAGGGUAUGACUAUGACCCAAACUUGACCGAAAAUUCUCCGCCGCAUCGGAAACAGCAUACUCGGCCGGAUCCCAGGAGCGAGUUGCAGCGGAAAUUAGACCAGGAAGCCGAGAUGAAGGAACGCGUGGAAUUUGACACUUGCUCUAUGUCUCUGGAGGCUAUGUCUCUUGAGCUCGAGGGUGUUGUUGCUGAGGGUAGUGGGACCUCACCCCACGAGAAUAAGGGUAGGGAGACAGGUGGUAUCGAAUCCCAGCCCGUUGAAACUGAGGAUAAUGAGACCUCUCCCCAUGCGGAUGAGAAUAGGGAGGCAGACGGCACCGAGCCGCAGCCGGCUGAGGCUGAGGUAGAGGUGGAUUUCUACCAGGAAACACACGACGAGAGAUACAAGCAAUAUAAAUUCUGCCCUCACACAAUAGCAACCCCUUAUAAUACCACUCGGGAAACAAUACGAAACACUCCUAACGAGAAGAUUUGGCGCAUACAUAUCCGUCACUGUGGAGGAAUCUCAGUCCGACAUGGCACAUGCCGUACAUACCAUGAUGUAUCUCGAAAUUAUCCUGUACAAAUAUUAUUCAAACUACACGAGGAAGGGGGUGGGGCACCAAAAACCCGAAGGUCAUCUCUCCGUUGUGCCGGUUACUACGAGAAAACUGAGUCCGGUCGCCUAAGAUGGGUGGCUGAGAGGGGGGAUGAAGUGAAAGUGAACUCCAGAGAUUUGACAAAGAUCCGACACUCUGAUUGGAAAUCCCGACAUCAGGAACUUUGGCUGGAACUAUCUUGGGACCCGGAUCCGGAAGAAGAGGUAGAAAAGAAGCGUCCGAGCCAGUGUAAGGUUAUUUAG